GGCGCGGACAGUUGGAUCUAAUGAUUGCACAUAGCGGUACCGCCGUCGCCGUUGCUAUUGCAGCGCCGCGGAUCGACAAGGGCGGAGCUUUGCAGCCAUACGGCGCGAGGCAGCGUUUUUGUUCCCGCCCCGUCGCGCGGCAAAGAGAGGAGAUGGGACGACGUUGACGAACGUCGCCUCCCGACGGACUGACGUUGCUUCCAUGACAAGCGCUGCACGCGGUGGGCGCACGAUCUUUGUGACCGUCGGGACCACGUCCUUCGACGCCCUGAUAGAGCAGGUGGACACCAGGGAGUUUCACCGGGAAGCUCGGGCAGCGGGCUACGACCGGCUGCUGGUGCAGCACGGCCGGGGCGACCGGGAGCCGAAGCUGGGCAGGCACGGCGAGGACUCGGCUGACCUGCUGGAGGUGACGGCGUACCGGUUCAAGCCGAGCCUCUUGGAGGACGUGGAGGCGGCCGAUCUGAUCGUCUCGCACGCGGGGGCGGGCUCCAUCCUGGAGGCCCUCCGCGCGGGGAAGCGCCUGCUUGUGGUGGUUAACCCCAGCCUCAUGGACAACCACCAGCUCGAGCUCGGAGAGGCCAUGUCGCAGUCCGGCUUCUGCGCGAUGGCCGCCAGGCCCGAGGAGGUGCCCAGCGCCUUCCGGGCCGCGGCCGAGGCGGAGCCCAAGGUCUACCCGGCCCCCGACCUGGCGCGGUUUCACCGAGCCGUGCAGGAGGCAUGCGGAGUGGCGCCUUGCGCGGCGCCCGAGGCGGCGGCGAGCUGAGGCAAAACAGCGGUUUCGUUCUCAUCCUGUCGUCGUCAUUGUCGUCGUUCUUCUCGUCCUCCCAGCAAAGAGAGGACCGCUCGCGUCAGCCGUUCCAUCAUGGCGCGACUGACCUGUCGCCUGUUCUUGAUGCCGAUGUCCUGAAUGUUGCCCC